AUGGGCCAGGGGAAGAUUUUUGAGACACUAAGAAUCUGCUCUAUGCCCGAAUUUGUCCGCUUCAUGCAUGAUCUGCCGCCGCUAAAGAAGGACCCAGCUGUUGUGGUUACAGACCUCCGCUUCGGGACAAUCCCUGUGAAGCUGUACCAGCCAAAGGCGUCCUCCUUGACUCCGAGGCCUGGCAUCGUGUUCUACCACGGCGGUGGGGCAAUCGUGGGGAGCCUGAAAACCCAUCAUAACAUAUGCUGUCUUUUGUGCAAGGAGAGUGACUCAGUGGUUCUAUCUGUUGGAUACCGCAUGAUGCCCAAACAUAAGAAUCCAGUGGCAAAAACAGACAACUUGGUGGCCACGAUCCAUUUCCUGAAGUCUCUGAAUGCCUACGGAGUGGAUCCAGCCCGGGUUGUGGUCUGCGGUGACAGCAUAGGAGGAGGAAUAGCAGCUUUGAUUUGUCAAGAACUCAGGAACAGACAAGAUCUCCCCAAGAUCCGUGCUCAGAUUCUAAUCUAUGCCACUUUGCAAGGCCUGGACUUAGAUCUCCCUUCUUAUCAUCAGAACAAGAAUGUGCCGCUGCUCUCUUUGUCCUUUGCCAUAUACUGCUGGUGUCAAUACCUAAAUAUCCAUCCCUCCUGGGAAAGUACAAUGUUGAAAGGCAACUAUCUGCCUAUUGAAUUAAAGGAAAAGUAUAAAAAGUGGUUGGGCCCAGAAAAUAUCCCAGAGAGGUUCAAGCAACAAGGUUACAGACAGGUGCCCCAAGGACCCCUGAAUGAGGAGGCCCACUUGGAAAUAAGCCUAGCUAUGGAGGGAAUAGUCACACCACUGUUAGUAGAAGAUGAUGUCAUAGCUCAGGUCCCGGAAGCUUGCAUCGUGAGCUGCGAGUAUGACAUUCUCCGGGACGACUCACUCUUGUACAAGAAGAGACUGGAGGACAUGGGCGUUCCAGUGACCUGGCAUCACAUGGAAGAUGGCUUUCAUGGAGUGCUCAGCAGUUCCCAAAUGGGCUUCUUUUACUUCUCCUGCUCCACAAGGAUUUUGAAUGUGGUGGUCAACUUUAUAAAGGGCUUGUAA